UUUCGCAUCUGAAAAAUCAGAUAGUUAGUAAAGAGUUCUUCAUGUCAGGGACUGCUGUAGCCUCAGCAAGGAUAGUAGCACCGAUCAGAAAAAGCCAAGAAAAGAAAAUGGAUGACAAAAAGCACAACGAACCAUUGAAUAAUGUCACACUUGUCAAAGAGGAGAAGAACCGGUCCAACAUGGACCCCAGUGACUCAGAGAAAACCAUCCAGCGCUUGAAUAAGGAGCUUCAAGAGGCCCAGGAGCUUGCCAACUCAGGGAAACUCAAAUGCACGGAACUGCAAGGUCUCCUUGAGGAGGAGAAAAGUGCAAACAAGCAGCAAGCUGAUGAAUCAACAAAACAAACUAAACUUCUGCAAGGCCAGCUGCGGCAGGUCAACGAGGAGCUGGCGGCCGUGAGAGAACAGCGAGACAGCACCACCCAGAGCUCCCAGGGUGAACUGCAGGCUGCUCGGGAGGAGGUGAAGUCACUGCGUCGGGCCCUGGAGGCAGCCACCGCCGAUCGGGAGCGAGAGGUCUCUGCCAUCCAGGGUAACCUAGCAACAGCCACCAAAGAGGUGGAGAAAUGGCGUCAGUCAGCCAGCAAGUACGAGCGCGAGAUUGACAGCCUGCAGGGUGACCUACAGCUACAGAGCAAACAAUGGCAGAAAGCUGCGGAGUCUCAAGCGGGUGAGCAGGAGUCCAUGCAAAGGGAGUGUAUGAGCCUUCAGAGGGAGUGCUCGGCCCUGCGUUCGGAGAAACAGGAGCUGCUGAAUAAGUCCCAGAAGGAGCGAGGCAGUCUGCAGAGUGAGUGUGCCUCCCUCAGGGCUGAGAAGGAGGAGCUGCUCCGGGGGCACCAGAAGGAGAAGGGCAGCCUCCAGAGUGAGUGUGCUGGUCUGCGCUCCGAGAGGGAGGCCAUUUUGAAGAAGCAGCAGCAGCUCGAGAAGGACCUGGUCAGUUCCCGUGCCCAGAGUGCAGAGCUGAGCAGCAGCCUGAAGGCUCUGGAGAGGUCCCAGCAGGAGCUGGAGCAGAGGCUGGGGGCCCUGCAGCAGCAGCACCAGCAGGACAACAGCAAGCUGCAGACCCAGCUGGACCAUGCCACCAGCCGCUCCAGAGACCUGCAGAGAGAGUAUGAGGAGACCCAGAGCGAGCUCUCAGAUCUGAAGGAAAAGUACAAGAGGACUGAACAGGAAAAGCAGUCGAUCACAGAGGAGCUUGAUGAGUGUAAAGCAGAUAUGAAGGGGCUGCAGGAUAAAGGAUCGAGUACUUCCCUAUUGCUGCCUGUCCAAGCCAUACUCAUCGGCCUUAUCCUGGCUUUGCUGUAUUGGUGCUUCGGCGCAUUGUGGUAGAAAGAAGGGAUGGAUCAUCUGGGUGCCUGCAGUGGCUGUGGUAGCAGCUUUGGCUGCUGUGGUGCUUGCCAGGACCUGAGGGUGACACACACACACACACACACAAGUGUACAUGUAGCAUUGCAAUAGUAUUCAAAGUUGUCAUGACUAAACCUAAAACUAAUGGACUCCUUAUUUGUUUAGUUCUUCAGUUUUUGGGGGGUUACAAUACAUGUACACUGUUUUAUUGCUAAGAUGAAAAUGAAAUGUUUGAUGCUAAAAGGAGUGAGAGAAGAAUGUCAAAUAAUUUGUGUGCAAUUGAAGAAAAAGUUGGUCCUGCCAACAUUUAUCAUUUCAGAUGUUGACUAAAGUGUAUUUCCUUUACUGUUUUACAGUUAGUGCUCUUGGCUUAAUUGAUUUAAAUGAAUGUAUUGAUACUGUGCUCUCCUCAGUCCUUCACUAAUGUUAAUAAAUAAUACUGCAGAAGGCCUGCUGCCCUGGAGGUCCCGCUGCCCUAAACACCAUCUGUCUGGGUUCUCCCUCACUGGGAACAUGUCAUGAAUUACAUUUGUUAUGAACAAGUACUGGAAAUAUGAUCUUGAGAUGGUUAUAUAUCAAUGCAGUUGUUGUUAAAGGAUAACCACCAGUUUGGUCAUGAGAUUGUGAUCAACCAAGUUGAUCCAUGAAGUUAACUGUUUACUAUUCAUGUUAACUUUUAAGUAUUUCUGUUACUUCAUGGUUAUAUCAAUGGUGUUCUGUACUGUACACUCUCCUACACCCACAACAGCAGACAAGGGGUUAUCUAUCAGAUUUCUUUGUAAAGUAGGCUUAUACUUUAUGUAAUUAACACAGAAAUAAUGUAAAUAAUAUUGCCAAUAUUGUAUUUUGUAUAGAGACAGAAAGUUAGUUUAUUGAGAUCAAAAAAAUCUUAUUCCUUUAAGGUGUGCUGUAAGUGUGACCUCAAAUAAAGAUAUCUUAAAUCUCA